AUGGUCUCGAGAGGUAAUGAUUACGAUGACGACGAUGAUGAUGAAGAUGAGGAUGAUGAUGAUGAUGAUGAUGAUGAUGAUGAUGAUGAUGAUGAUGAUGAUGAGAAUGAUGAUGAUGAUGAUGAUGAGAAUGAUGAUGAUGAUGAUGAUGAUGAUGACGACGACGACGACGACGAUGACUUGGGAAUUCUUCAUCGUCUUCCUGCGAUUCUCAACCUUGUCAACGAGGUUAUGCUGCAGGUGGAAAACAAACCAUCUGCCAUCAUCACCUUUGUGGUCACCAUCAUCAUCAUCUCCAUCUCCAUCUCCAUCUCCAUCUCCAUCAUCAUCAUCAGCAACAACAGCAUCAUCAUCAUCAUCGUCGUCGUCAACAACAUGAUAAUGCAACUGCUCUUCAGUUUCCUCCUCCAUGUUUUCCUUGGUGCUGUUGACAUACCUCUCAGGAACGCAAAGAUAUUCUCCUUCCCUGCCAGGCUGAAGCAGCACCUCAGGGUUUCGGAGACAUUCUUUCAAAGUGAGGAAGCGUUCUAG